AUGUUCAGAAAGCUCCAUUCCAUCUUCCACCACGGCCCGCAGGGGAAGGCAGCAGCCGAGCGCCCCUACUACGUGGGAGCCAGCCCCACCGUCAGGCUAAUUCGUAGCAGCUCCAUGUAUGUGGUUGGGGACCACUUUGAGAAGUCCAGCGAGUCCUUAAAAAAGUACAGAAGCACCCACAGCAUGGACACCAGCCUGCACUAUCUGCAGCAGGAGGACCGUGCCUGGAUGUACUCGCGCACCCAGGACUGCCUGCAAUAUCUUCAAGAGCUGCUGGCCCUGCGCAGGAAGUAUCUCAGCACCCUGAGUGACCUGAGGCCCCGGCGCAUGCAAGGUGAUGGCUCCACCUCCUCCAAGUCCUCCAAGGGAGCACAAAAGACCCCAGGAGAAGGCAAAUUGAAGGGCAUCAAGAAAGCAGCCUCCAAGAAAUACUCCCAGUUCAGCACCGACGUGGCCGAGGCCAUGGCCUUCUUCGACUCCAUCAUCGCAGAGCUAGAGACAGAAAAACGGCCGAGGACUGCUGAGGUUGACCUGCCUAAUGAAGAUGUGGACUUUGAUGUGGCGACCAGUUCACAGGAGCACAGCUUGCACUCCAACUGGAUUCUGCGGGCGCCGCGCAGACAUUCUGAGGCCAUCGCUGCUCACGCCACUGCAGACAGCCGGUUUCGAAGGAGCACGGAACACAAGGUCACGGGCACCCAGAGGAGGCUUGAGAGACACCCCAUUUACCUGCCAAAGGCUGUGGAAGGGGCAUUCAACACCCUGAAAUUUAAGCCCAAAGCCCACAAAAAAGACCUGGGGAGCUCCAGACAGAUCCUCCGCAGCUUCUCCAGAGAAGACUUGGAGUGGGAUGAGGAGUUCUUUGCACAGGAGUCCCCCGGCUCUUUGGAGGAGGAUCAUUUUGAGGCAGAGCAUCCCAAAGGGCAAUGGCUGAUUCGAGAAAGACUCUGGGAACGGACAGUGUCCUGACUUGACUUGUCUCAGCUUGGGUCUUUGUCAGGUGGUCUGCUUUUGGGCAGUGUGAGGUGUUCGGUAGAGGUAAAAGUGAAAUGAUAAACUUGUAACACAACCAAACUCCAACACUGCCCAGCCAGUGCCAAAAAGAGCCCGAGCUUCCCAGGGGACAUGUCCUGGGGGAUUCAGAGACUGGGCGCUUCCCACAGCCGUGGACAGGAGAGAAGGGAAGGAGAGCUGGCUGCUGGUAUCCCAGAGCUGAGGCACAGAGGCCUUGAAUGAGUGACCCUGCCACCCUGCCUUGCCUGGCAUACACAGACGAUGGCAUAAAUGGCUGCAUAUAAUGUGCUCAGAACUGGAAAGCAGCCACUCUGGAGUUCCGGCCUAAAGUCUCCAAGGAUGUGUCUCAGAAGCCCAAUGGGCAAGUCCUGAGGUCACCUCCAUCCAUGCAGAAUGCAGUCAAGAAGGCAGCCCCUUCUGCUCUAGGUCUUUCUGGGGUUUUCAGAAACUCUGCUGCUAGGUUAGCCUGAAAACGGGGCCAGUAUCCAGGCAGUAGGGUAGAGAAUGGUUCUGUCAGGCUUGCCUUGUGAUCACACUCUUGCCCAGAGCUCCUGCACACAGAAGGCUGGCUCAAGGAGGUGGAGGUAGGCGGGUCUUUCUCCUUUCUGACUCACACAAAUAAAGCUGUAUCCAUGCAAGCAGCCCAUGACAGGCUCUGCACCUCCCACUUACAGGUAGCUAGAAGCAUAAUGUUCUUUCUGUGUAGGAAGAAUUUUUGUAGUUCAGACAUUGUUUGUGAAGGGACACUAGCCCACUUGAGCAUGGCUCUGGCAGGCCUUGCCCUUCCCCUAUUCCCUCAGCCUUGCUAGAAACGGUUAGACUACAUUCCUAAAGCUAGCCACCAAGUCCAUUCCCUUCCUUGGCCACUCCCUCCUCCUGAGGCUGACUACUAAGGUCCAGCAAUCAAAAGUCCCCUUGGCCCACCUAAUUAACGUGCCCAGUCAAAAUCAAACACCUCACCCUAACACAGGGCCUUCCCCUCUACCUUUAUAAAAUGUCAUUUUCUUAUGUGCCACAUCUGUCUCCCCUCUAUCCAGAGACAGUCCUUUGCUGUCAACCCCCACCCACCAUCUGGGACAAAUACCCUCCCCCCUCCGUAUUCCCUUUUCCCUCUUCCUCUGUCUCCUGUCUUUGUCUCUUAUUCCCUGCCCUCUGUCCCACUGCGGCACAUACAUCUCCUUUGUGUCGAGCACUUGGCCUUGGGGGUCUUGAGCUGCCACUUUCCCUUUCAGUCUGAGCUCUCAGCUCCGCUUUCAAUGUGUGCCUUGUGCACAAUCCAGCAGACACUCUUCAUCUGGCCACAGAGCUGCACCCAGUUAAGUUUUAGGGCCACCGGUUACAGAAGACUCUACACGUUGACCUUCCUGCUUUUUAUCUUAUCCAAAUACCAGCCAGGUGUCAUACUUUUCUAUUGUCAUGAUGAGACAUCAUGACCAAGGCAACUUACAGGAGAAAGAAUUCAUUUGGAGCUUACAGCUCCAGAGGUUGAAUCCAUGACCACCAUGAUAGGGAGCAAUGGCAGCAGGCAGGCAGGCACGGUGCUGGAGCAGUAGCUGAGAGUUCUCAUCUUGAGACAACCACAGGACAGAGUGGGAGCAAGAGUGAGAGUGAG